CCCUGAUGAGCCUUGUCCAAGGCACAAGUGGGAUGGCGAUCGAAAAGGUCCAAAGCAGCGCUCACCUCAUGUGAUCGCGACCCGCCCCCACACCAGACGCCAUCUUCUCCUUCCCUCGUCGUCGUCGUCGUCGUCGUCGUCGACACACUCAAUUCCUUCCAACUCCCUCAUCCCACCAGGCCACCACGCACCUAGCUACUCAGUACCUCCUCCUGACUUCACUACCCUCCCACUCCCAACCUCCGCCCUCCACACCCACCAACGAUCGACCCACCUCGCGAUCUCCGCCCCCCGCCUCCUCCGCCCCGACGAUGAUGCGGGGCGAUGACGAGUACCGGUACCAGCAGCAGCACGGCCCCGGCGGCGGCGCGCCGCACGGCCUGAUCAUGGCGGUGGUGGUGGGGCUGGUGGUGGCGGGCCCGCUGUUCCUGGGCGACGGCGGCGAGGCGGUCACGUCCGCCGUGGCGGACCUGCUCGGCCCCACGGGCCUGCUCCUGCUCCCCGUCGGCCUCGUCCUCGUCAUCCGCGUCCUCUCCUCCGACCGCGGCGCCGCCGCGCUCGCCGGCGCCCUCUCCCUCGGCGGCUCCCCGGACUCCGUGCACCGCGUCGGCGGCUCGCCCGUCGGGGUCGCGCUCGCGCUCGCGCUCAUCGCCGCCCUCCUCUACUACAGGUCGGCGCUAUUCGGCGGCGGCGGCGGCGACGACGAGUAGACAGCGGCUGCCUGGCUUGGCUUCUGUGCUGUGCUGUGCUACCUCCUGCGCUACCUACCUACCUUCCUUGCUGGAAUGUUUCAGUAGUUUAGGCAAGAUUUUCUAUUUAAUUUUGUUAAUUAAUGCCAACACCGCUGAACAAGACACUCGCAUGUUUGUG